GCGCUCCUCCCUAGUUGGAGUUUGGCGCAAAAAAAAAAGACACUCACCCGUGAUAAUGACAUGAGUUCUAAUGGGGAAGUCUCGCUUUCACUGGCUGUGCUUCCCUUUUCUGAAAUUGACCAGCAACUUUUGGAGGUGUCCUCUUUCAAAAAGAACUUUGAUCAUCGCGACCGUAUGUGUGGUCUAUUUGUUUUUCGUGGUUUCACAAGUCGGAUACACACAGCAACACCGGGGCAGAAGGAUUGAUAAGGACAAGAACCGGCGCACCCGUGGACUGUAUCAUUUGGAGACUAACGGUGCACUGCCAGACUCUGCUGACUUGCAGACCGGUGCGAGCUCUGUGGUCCCGACCCGGUCCAACGUGGUGUACAUAACGCUUAAGUCUAAGCGUCUCAAACCAGCACAUAUCCGAGGCACAAUCCGGCCAAAGCUGAGGAGAAAAGUGAAAAGAAAUAAGACGGACAAUCUGUCUUUUACGCAGAACAAACUUGGCACUUUGGAGCGGGACAACGGCCAAAUUAAGCACAACUUUUCACCCAGGACGUCCUGGAAAGAAAGCGGGGAUGUUGAUUACAAAUCACUGGAUAUAGCUCAGAAAUCUCAUAAAGAUGCAGAACCAGACUCUCAGAUUAGUUCAAUCCGAAUUUACAGCCAAAUGGCACCGCCGUGGUUCAGCGCACAGGACGUGAAAACCAUGCGCUUUCUUGCGGAUGGCAAAGUUUUGCGCAUGAAAGAAGUCUCUCGUGGAGACAGUCCAUCACUCCUGAUAUUUGAGGGUGAGACAAACGUUCCGCCGGCCAACCAAAAGCACACAAAAACGAUCAACGUAUGCGGAGGGCAGUGUGGAGUCAUCCACAGCCCUGUGGAGAACACGGAGGUCUUUGCUUUCCAUUUGGACAGGGUUCUGGGGCUUAAUCGGACACUGCCAGCUGUAAGCAGAAAGUUCAGCUUUUUACACGAUGGCCAGUCCCGUCCAGUGGUGUCAUGGGAUGCAUCUCUGUACCCAGAAGGCCUUGCUGCAGGCUGGCCCACUGUGAGGUUGACAUGGGGGGAGUACCAGAGCUCCCUGAAACAGAGAUGUUGGCAUAAAAACAUCAGCCCAAAGCCCGACUCUGGCUGCUCCACAAUUCACCACUAUGAGUGGAGCAAACUAGCUCUGUUUGACUUCUUGUUACAGAUUCACAACCGUCUGGAUCGCGGCUGCUGCGGUUUCAGGCCUCGGCUGGAGGACGUGUGCGUUGAACUGGGCCACCGCGCUGGAUGUAGCGACCAAAACCGCAUGCAACUGGCAAACAUCAUCCACAGGGGUCACGACCCCAGACACCUGGUCUUCGCCAACAACGAGGGGUUCUUCGACCGCAAUGAGGACAACUUGGACUUCCGGCUGCUGGAGGGAAUCAAGGAGUUUCCGGAGCAGGCCGUGUCUGUGAUGAGGAGCAGGAAGCUGAGGGAGAAACUCCUCCAGUCUCUGUUCCUGGACCAGACGUACUGGGAGAGCCAGGGCGGCCGUCAGGGCAUCGACAAGCUGAUCGACGUCAUCGAGAGGCGAGCCAGAGUCCUCCUCACAUACAUCAAUGCCCACGGAAUCAAAGUCAUUGCAAUGAACGCGUGACGAGGUUCACACUAAUCAUGUGGACGGAGUAGAUGAACGGUUGUAACUUCACCAUGUUCUGUCAAACUGUCCUUUAACACUGAGGUGCUGCGGUUUUAUCUCUUCACAUUUUCAAAGUAGUCAGAGCUAAAAUAUCAGAAAAUGUCCAAAACUGACACAUAUGAUGUAAUUUAUGCCCAUUUUUACACUUAAAUCAGAAUAGCAUGAGAGCAUACGCUGUCAUGUAUGAAAAAUAAGAAAAAGAACAUAUUUAUAAAAACAUAUAUCCUGUUGCCAACACAAGACUUAUUGUUGUGUGAAUAACUCCGUUAAAGCAAGCCAUUCACUGACACUGACCAAAGAGAGAAGCUCAUGUUUGUGUGGGAAACUAGGAAAGAUUUUAACUGACUCUGACUUCUCCGAGUGAACUUUUAUGGAAACUAAUUAGGUUCACUUCCUUCUUUUGACUGUUCAUUUGUUUCUUCCCCAGAGGCCAGCCGGCUGCUAUCACUCUGAACAGAAUAUGCUGUAGUUAUAGCUUGUGUUCCUCCUGAGGCCUUCCAGCAGGUGUAAUUUCCAUUUCGUGUGAAUGGAAUGCUCUAAAUCAUAAGUCAUCUUCUUCUGUGCUGCCUGUGGGCAGUAAGUAUUUAGAGCUCAGUAAAGCGUCUUUGUGCAGCUAACAAGCCACAACCCAGAUCUGCUCGGGUCGACUGGGGUCACGCAAUUUACAGUGCACUAAAAAAAAUUUUGCAUACCUCGUGUACAGACUUCUUUUUGACACACUAGGAUGCCUCGAAGCUUCACCUCGCCUAUAAUUUAAUGUUUAUAGGAGUCAGUACAACAUCGCUAAGUAUGAUGAGCAUUAUAUGUAAAGACACGUGUUUGAGCAACAUGUGGACACACUGACUGCACAUUUUCAAGUGAAGACCUCUAAGAUGAGAAGUCACACAGUGUUAUUCUCUUUUAUAUGCACUCUUGUUUCUAAUUUGACUGCGGAAACAUUUUUAUCUGUCGACACUUUCACUGUACUUAUUUAUUUUUGUACCUUCUUUUUGUAAUUGCCAAAGAAGUCUGAACAUCAAUAAAAUCAUUUUUCUCUCAAAUACCA